AGCCAACCCACCUUCGACCUCCUCCCGGCUAAUCGCCAGGAUAUUCCACGACUCUCUUAUAUUCACGUCGUGGCUUGUCUACCGGACAACGCCUUCGGUCUGUAUUUUGCCGACUCCAAAGAAUUCGAAAAGCGUGUGACGGAUAUGCUAGAAGGCCAAGUUGGUCACACAACCUGGAAGCACAUUAAGGCGGUUGAUAAAGUGACUGGUCAAAUUGCAGCGUGGGCAUCAUGGAAUACCCCAACAGAUGAUGAGAUCCACGAGCGUGACGAGAAAGUCACUGCCAAGGCUGCUGAAACGGGCCUUCAGAAAGGAGACUUUGACUUU